GCCGCCACCGCCGCCGCCACCGCCGCCACCCCCGCCACCACGGCGGCCUCGUCCUCACAGCCGGAGCUGAGACACCAUGUUGCAAGAGUGAUUGCUUCCUCGUUUUCACAAUGGAAGACCCUGGAAAGACAUUUGGCUCCGAGGAGGAAGAAGCUAGCUACUGGAAGGAUCUAGCGAUGACCUACAAGCAGAGGGCCGAGAACACUCAGGAGGAGCUCCGGGAAUUCCAGGAGGGCAGCCGAGAGUAUGAGGCAGAGCUGGAAGCUCAGCUGCAGCAGAUCGAAAGCAGGAACCGAGACCUCCUGUCGGAGAACAACCGCCUGCGCAUGGAGCUGGAAAGCAUCAAGGAAAAGUUUGAAAUGCAGCAUUCUGAGGGCUACAGGCAGAUCUCCGCCUUAGAGGACGACCUUGCACAGACGAAGGCAAUUAAAGAUCAACUGCAGAAAUACAUCCGCGAGCUGGAGCAAGCCAACGACGACCUGGAAAGAGCCAAACGGGCCACGAUCAUGUCUCUGGAAGACUUUGAGCAGCGCCUGAAUCAAGCCAUCGAAAGAAAUGCCUUCCUGGAAAGCGAACUUGACGAGAAGGAAAAUCUCCUAGAAUCCGUGCAGCGGCUGAAGGAUGAAGCCAGAGAUUUGCGGCAGGAGUUGGCUGUGCAGCAGAAGCAAGACAAACCCAGGACCCCCAUGCCCAGCUCCGUGGAAGCUGAAAGAACAGACACAGCUGUGCAGGCCACAGGCUCGGUGCCGUCCACCCCCAUAGCUCAUCGGGGGCCCAGCGCCGGUGUAAACACCCCAGGGGCCUUCAGACACGGUCUGGACAGUCCCGCUGGUGGAACCCCACUCACACCUGCUGCCCGGAUAUCGGCACUCAAUAUCGUGGGGGACCUGCUACGGAAAGUGGGGGCGCUGGAGUCCAAACUUGCUUCCUGCCGAAACUUCGUGUACGAUCAGUCCCCAAACCGGACGAGUGGCCCAGCCCCAGGGCGGGGGAGCAGGAGCAGAGAUGGAGGCGACAGACGGUCAGGCAGCACCAGCGUGCCGUUGGGUGACAAAGGGUCAGUGCCAUUGAUGAACCUCACGGUUGGGAAAACGCCUGGAAUUUGGGAAGCCGCCUUCGCAUAUUUCCUCACCACCGCUGCCGUCAGCCCAGGGUGUAGUCAAGAUGUUGCUUUAGGAAAGCCACGGAAGCUUCUGGAGCCCUGGUGUGUGUGCAGUGUCGCUGCCUUUCUCCCCCUCGUUGCAGUAGGUGUUUGGUUUCCUUAAGUUAGUUGGAGAAAUGAGAGCCAGCGGUCACCGUCACUCGCUUUUGUGCUUUGUGGCCCGAGCCCGCGACUGAGGCCGUCGUCGUGGCCCCCGGCGUUUGUCCCUUGAAAAGUCACCGUGGUCCCAGCGUCUGUGGCAGAGUGUGUGUCGUGAAGAGAUGGGGAGGGCUGUGAGCGUGGUUGACAAGGCUAGCCCCUCGUUCCCCGCUCACCCGAGUCCCGGUCAGUCUUCAGAGGUAACGGUUAACGUCCGAGUCUCCUUCCAGCAGGGAUCGUAGCCCAUCUCGGGGGCUGCCCCCCACAGCCCACGCUCACCUGGUGUCUGCGUCCAGAGCCAGUUGUCCCGGUGCUCGACACGCACUCAGUCCUGUUCAGGAGCAGAGAACGGAAGAGGCACGUGCCAUGGUUGAAACCGUGGUCUUGUGCCUCUGGGACGUGUCCAUGUGCCUUUCCUGAGGUUUUCAAGUGAGUUUCAGAAAUUUUCAGGUAAAUCCUGAGUCCGCCACGCUGGCAUGGGGAUGGCUUCUGUGUCUGGGCCCUGGGAGGCCUUGGAAAUGCAGCCUCUAGGAACAGGACUUCCUUCCUUCAGAGCUGUCAUGAGGUGCCCGGAGGCCCCAGAUCCCACUGAAACCUGGGAUUGUGGCAGGCGCUUCCUUGGCAAACGACAGACGUUGCAGGAAUUCCAGCGCUUGCUGUGAGCUGCUGUCUCUCACUUCCCCGCACAGGUCGGAAGACACACUAAUUUCAGGAGCGUGCAUGCAACUUAACAGCCUUCGUUUUGUUACUCAGUUAUUUUCUAUGAGAACUGCAAAAAUGUCCUUAAGUUGAAAAUAGAACUUUUCAAGUGCUACUGAAAUUCAGCAGAGAAUUAAGCCGCAGUACUAGGGAUUUUAACCUGAGACAUCCUAACCUGUAUCGGUAAAAGAUGUACUUUUAUUUUUCUAAAAGAACAAUAAAAUCCAAAGGAAGUCACGAUCAACUGGUCUGUGGUGUGGUGGAUAUGGCUUUGUUGUUUG